CAGAGAUUACCACAGCGAGGGCACAGCGAGGGUUAAAUUCUAAGUUUAUAUGCACUACUUUGCUUUAUUUGACUAUAUUUGCCAAUGCUCUGUGUGAAAUAAGAAUGGUCGGAAGCUUUUUUGUAAAGUAUCCUAGCAGUAGAAAGUAGUGAGCGUCAUACGGUGUGUAUAGAAUCCAGGAAACUUUUUUCCUUUGGGCAAAAGAGAGUUGUCUUUUUGGUGCCUAUGGAUUGUACCUAUUGUUCAAAUCAGGAAGCUGGGUGCUCUGUUACAGGAGCUCUUAUUGGCGACUGCUCUGCUCUUCAAAAAGAUUACUCUGCACGUGGAGCUGACCCAAACCAUGUGAGAUGGAGGCCCGACGGCCUGCCUGUUCCGCAGCGCCGAGAACAGAUCCGUCAGUCCACAUCUCCUGCCUUCAAGUUGCUAACGUGCAGCACUCACCCCAGCUGAACCCGACCUCUGCGAUCGUUCAGCCCGAUCAAGGUCUGCCUCCCACCGUAUACCUGAAGACCCUCACCAUCCCUCUGUUCCACCCGAUCCAGCCCGGGGGCUUUCAAUCAUGCCACCAAGUGGUCACCACCAGCAGCAGUGGCUUGAGCCUGGAAAGCAGCAACUUCCCUUUAAUCCUGAGUCCCCUACUGCAUUCGGAGAAGAUGGACCCAUCUCAUUCUCAGAGCCAGCCGGGCCAGACCUUGACAGUGAAUAUAGUGGGGAGUUUACCAGUUCUGUCCCCGGGUGGCUUGUGUUCCAAUGUAGCCCUAGCCACUGUAGGGAAGUCAAAAAAUGCAGGAAAAUAUCUUUGCAAGCACUGUGGGCGGGACUGCCUGAAGCCAAGUGUCCUGGAAAAACACAUCCGCUCUCACACAGGAGAACGACCGUUUCCCUGCACAACCUGUGGCAUCGCUUUCAAGACCCAGAGCAACUUGUACAAACACCGGAGGACCCAGACGCAUAUCAACAAUGCCAGGCAGUCCCUGGAAUCAGAUGGCAAUGGCAGCGGCCUUCAGGAGGAUAUGGAAAAAACAGCAGAAAACCCAGUCUCGGGGCAGACUCUCAAGUCACAUGGUAGUGUUGGUGAAAAAGAGGCGAUGGGAAUGGAAGAUCAGGCUUUGGAGAGCUCUUCCUCACUGGACGCUGCAAGAAUGCUUCAGAGUCCUGGGCAGAAGUCAUUACAUUCUCUUACAUCCCAAGGUAUGGGGACUAAACCUGAGCUUUCUCAUAGUCAGGAGCCUACUCUCAGUGGCCUAGACAGGGAGGCCACCCUGAAUCCUGAGAACACAUCUUCACCAGGACUUCUACCAGCAAAUGUGCACCAGAGAUGGAAGAUGCAGGAGCAAAGAUCCCCCACAGCAACCAAGCACAUGCAGUUGCAAAGGCAGCAAGCAACGCUCACAGACAAACACUGGGACUUUAGAACCUCAGAGUGUAAACUAAAGAAGUGUGAGAGUACUGAUUCUGGCUAUCUCUCACGCUCUGAUAGUAUAGAGCAGCAGAUGCUGUCUUCCAGCCCCCUCAACAGCCUGUCUGAACACAGCCUGGAAGCUGAAAAUGAAACCCCACCCAGUCUUUCAAAGGGCCCGGUGAUCAACAUUUCUAACCUGGAGCCUGGGGAGAAAGCAACUACAUUAACUCUAGAGAAGAAGAACCUGGAAGAACACAUCUCCAAGUUGAUUUCCCACAAUAAGGCAGUGGUGGAUGACACACAGCUAGACAACGUGAGACCCCGGAAAACCAACCUUUCAAAGCAGGGAAGUAUCGACCUGCCAAUGCCUUAUACGUACAAGGACUCCUUUCAUUUUGACAUCAGGUCUCUUGAUGCCACCAGGAAGAAAAACAUCACAUUCUGCUCGGCCAAAUCCACCUACAAUCCCCUUGACAAAUCCAAGCCAAUAUUCUUUCACUCAGUCCCGACUCAGUUCUCCACCACCAUAGACUGUGUCCCCGUCACAAGGAGCAAUUCUCUUCCCUUCAUUGAGAGCACAAAGUCUUGGCAGGAGAAGCGGGCUAAUGCCCAGGCCGCCUAUUUAGCCAAGCUGCCCCUCGCCACCAGCCACGCUCUGCGUACAGUGGAUUUUCCCAACAGCCACCCGCGGAUGCUCGUCCGUCAAGGGGCAGUGGAUGACUUGCCCCAGACUAACGUUGUGGACAAACAGGUCUCACUUGAGGAGAUGAAUGACAGUAAAAAGCCUGCGGAGGAAGGGCUGCAAGCUAAAUGUGCAGCUGGGGGCAAAAAAUGCAGUCAAAGGAAGCUGAAGAUGUUCUCGCAGGAGAAGUGGCAAAUAUAUGGGGAUGACACAUUUAAGAAAAUCUAUCAGAAAGCCAAAACCAGCCAAAACACCAAGAAACUGAAGCAAAAGGAGACCCUGGUGCUAGACAUGAAAGACUCGAUUCCUGAUCAAAAGGAGGCAGCAAGGGGAGAGGGGAUGGUGCAGCGAAGAGGCAGCAGCAGCAGGAGCUUCACAUGUGGAAGCCCCAUUUCCUCCCCACCAGCCAUUUCUCCCAGAGGACGCAAAGCUGUGGAUUCCCACCCUCCAGCUAAGCAGGUAUCUCAGGUGGUUUCCUUGCCAGCAGAAUCAGACACUCUGGCAGAAGUGAUGGGAACAUCACAUUCAGUAGAAAGCACGGCCACUUCUACACUGAACUGUUGCAUUACAUCCAGUCGGGGGAAAGAUGUGGAGAGCACAAACCCUUUAUUGCCCCCAAACCAUAGGCCUAAUCAGAAGCCCGAGCUUCAGGAAACAGCUGCAAAUCAAGACUCUCUCAGUCUUGCCUUGGAAUUGGAGAGCAUCCCCUGUAACGAUGGUGAUAGCCAGGAGCAGCAUCAGAGAGCACAGAUGAUUCCUCGGCUUCACAAGUGCAGCGCUAGCAAAUCCAUGAAAGAGGUUGAAAAGUUACCAUCAGAGCGAAAAAAACUCAAGGUCGAAGAGAUGCAGAGCAGAGAAAACCCCAUAGAUUUGAAGACUCGGAGGAGUGAAGGAUGUAGCGAGGGCCCUGAAACACUACAUGGUUAUUCUGAUGCUAACUCCCCUCCAUCUGGGAAACACAGUGCUCAAAAAGAAGAGGGGAACUGGGACAAAAGAUUCAAUGAAUCCACUCGACAUAUGGAUGGCACGGAAUGUGAGAGAGGGAAACCUUACCAGGGAGAGAGAGGUGAUGAUGGGAGAGCUAACACUUCAGAUUCAGCGACCAUCAACUCAACAUCAUUUGCUGCAGGACCCAGGCUUGGCUCAUCAGAGGAAAGAGACCCCAUUGGGUUCACUCUGCAUAAACCUGCAGAUGCAGUGGUCGGGCAGUGUCCCGGGACCCCAGCAGAAAGCAGUAUGUUGCCUGCAAUGCCACCCCAGGUUUCUGAAUCAGGGACCUCUCUUUCUCCAAAGUAUAUCCUCAAAUUACCACCAGAAAAGACUUGCCCUGAAUUACCAGUUGUACGAGGCAAAGAGCAAGAAAAGCGAUUUUGUGGUGACUGCAGAGGGCACGGAGAAUUAGAAUUGGAUGCGAAAUGCCAAGAUAGAGGAGUGGGGCCAAAGUGGGACGGUCCCUCACCCCAGAAAGCUUUGAAACCAUGUCUGUCCCCAGGAUCAGGCUCCACCAUGGAAAACAACAAUCAUUUAGGGAAAGAAGAGAUGACAAAGGGGUCUCAGGAUAAGAUGGACAGUGAAUGUAGAGUGGACGAUAAAACACGAAUAACUGAGAGGACGUCCCUGAGAAGUACCUGCUCUGUGCAAACCUCAGGGAAAAAAUUAACCUUCACUUCCAUGUACACAAGCGGGUUUUUCGUAGCGACCGACAUCAAAGGUGAGAGUAAGAUCUUAAGCCACCUUCACUCAGGAAGUACUGCUGUAUUAGUGACGUCCUCAUCAGGAAAAGGGAUGUCAUCUUGGGAUAGUGCUGAUCAACUGAGCCAGGGGUGGGAGAGAUACAGGGAUUCUUCAGAUGGCCAAGCCUGGACUUCCCAGCUCUUUCGGCAUCCUGUUAGGUCACCAGAAGAUACCAGCAGCUGCCAUUCCUUUGGCACUUUUUACUGUCAUGCGAUCACUGUUCAGCAUGGAGGCCACCCCGCACAGCCCCAAACCUGUCUGAUCCCACACUCAGGAUACCCAAGAAGUUCAGAGGCAAAGGGCUCCUUCCCAUCCUUAAGUGCUGAGCCUAGGCUGACCUGGUGUUGUCUCUCCCGGAGCCUCCCUCUGCCUGCAGAGCAGAAGGAGAAAGCUUACUCAGCUUACUCCUCCCUGCACAUCUGUCACAAUAACCCAGAGGAAAAAGGUUCGGGGUCAAGAUGUGACUUUUCUUUACUCGACAUGAAAAAUGUGACCAAGACAGUGACCUACAGCUUGACGAGCGGAAGCCUGAAAACCCUGGCUUCAUCCCUUUCCUGGGGACAGCCAAAACAAAAGCAGGCCUGUUCAUUAGCUGCAGAACAAGAAGAGAAACAAGGAACAUCCUCCAGAAGGGGAAAAAUGAUCACAAAUCAAUCUGGCAGGAGCAACAAGCAGAAAAAACUGAAGAUCGGUCCCAAAAGGCCCAAAGGAGGUCAGCUGCAGGGACAUGCUCAGCUGAAGAUAAGUAAACAGCGCAAACAGCACUUUGCCCUAAGAAAAACUCCUGAGGCCCCCAAAAAGCCCCGUCUUCCCUAUACACAGGAUGGCCUUGGACAGAGCAGGGACUGCCACCCUCCUCUGAGUGGCCUGUCAGGACAAAGCUUAGAGGAAGUGCCACCACCUUGUGCAACUUCUGAAAUUUCCCAUUGCCAGGGUGAUGAUUGUCAGGAUGAAGAGAGGAACUGCAGAAAUAACUCAGGAACCUUUUUUCACAGUAUACAUUCAAGAAACUUAAGAGAGAAAGACAAAUUGAAUGGGAAAGAUAUUUCUCAGUCUUCUGAGUGUAGUGACCUCCUUUAUCAAAAAACUACUGCAGCUUCAGGAUUAUCUCUGCAAACAGUCUCCUGCUUAGCAGUAGCUGAGAGCAACGCUCACCAAUCUGAUAGUGUCCUCAACAUUUGCUCAGUAGUAACUCAAUCUCUGGCUUUUCCAAAAAAUAUCCUAAUUGACUCAAAUCCCAGCAGUUGCUCAACUCCUUUGGGGUCCUUUCCCGUGCCCACACCUUCUGGUUUUAAAGGGAUAUUUCAUCACCGUGAUGUUGCAAACUUGGGGACCACAAGUCCUGUCACUUCAGAGACGAGGGCAAGGGAAAGGACACUGGCCCUUCCGAAACCAGCGGUACAGGGGCCAGGUUUGGCUGCUUCGGAGACUUUGGCACUGAAUGUCAAAAACAAGCCACCUGCAGCAGAAGACAAUUCCAAUCUGAUUUCAAUCGAGAAUGCUGCUUCUGGUACCAGAAUUUUAAACUCAGCUUCAUUGAGGACAGAUGAGACGACUCAACUUGAGACACCAGCUUCAGGUACAGGUGUGAGGAGUUUCUAUCCCAUGGAAGUCAGGCCAAUGCUACACUCUCCUCCCGCCCGCCCCUACAAAAGUGGAGAAAUGGACAGAAUGGUUUUGCUCUCAAGCAGCAACAGUGGAAAUUGUCAAGGAAAAAAAGAACAGGGGUAUCUUGGUCCAGCAGAAGCCACAGACAUCGCUGGAAUGCCUUCAAAGACAAUGAAAAAGAGGAGUUUGGAGGGAAUGAGGAAACAAUCUUGUGUGGAGUACAGUGAUACAAGCAGUGAUGAUGAAGACCGGUUGGUUAUAGAAAUAUAGGGGCUCUUCAGGAAGAGAUUUCCAUAUGUGAAAGAGUCUGCCCCACCCCCAGUUUAAGUGCCACUGAAUUGAGGAUCAGUUGAUCUCUUUUCAUGAAAGUAUGUUCAGAUCAGGAAAAAAAAGUCAAUAGAGGGAGCAUUAGGAACAUUUUCCCUAAGGGACUAUAGCUUUCCAAUGCAAGGCUUAGACUACUUUAUUGUCAAUGAAUAACAUUGUGCAAAGCAGGAAAAGGAUUAAGUUGUUGCUGAAUGGCAACUGUAAAUAUGCUGUCCGCUGGCUCCCAGCUGCAUAAAAAUUCUUUACAGGUCCUUUUUCCCUGCCUUUAUAGUUUUCACAAUUCCUGCUUCCCUAGAGUGGGUUCUGUGUAUUUGCUUUCCAGUAAAAUACCCUCACCAGAUUCCUCACCUUACAGACUAAGGGUUUACUUUAAAGAUGUGUUCAACAAGUACCUUCUCCUGAAAUGCACGUGGUUUGUAAGUAGGCAGAGUAGUCUGGAUAAUCAAGUUAGCUUGCAGUAGCCAAAGUGGCAUCAGAGACCAUGGAAAAAAAAUAAUCCAGGUUUGGCUGUCAUUUCUAAACGGUUUGAUGGCACUUGUAUAUAUUCUCCAAAUGCCUAAGGUGUGGUGAGAUACUGACUUUUCUCUAACAUGUUGCACAAGUAGUCAAUGCUUAUUUGUGAUAUGACAUAAGAAUGCACUGCUUUGUGCCUGGUGCCUUUUUUGUUAAGACCCAUCAAACACUUUGAUUUUCUAGCCCUACUCCAUGGGCUCGGGUGUUGGGAGUUAAUGGAAUUGUUCUCUGUAAUGACUUUUUUUUUUAAAACAGUCUUUCCUCUGAUUCUUUUUUACCAUAUUAUGCUUUAAGCAAUUUCAGUGAGUGCUACAUUUCAGCAAUCUCUCUGUUAAAGCUGAAAAGUUUUUGUAUCUUCUUCCAGAAGUUCUGAGGUGGCAAAACUAAUUGGAAUUUGAUCGUAUUAGUUUUAUUUUCUAGAUUUGGUGUCUCUUUGUCCUAUGUAUCAUAUCAUUCUAAAUGAGUUCUUUUGUGUUGGGCAAAUUUGAACAGUGCCAAACAGUACCAAGGUACUGUUACCCUUAGCCAGAGAUCCUCUGAAGGAUGGAAAAGCUGAGAAAUAAAUGUCAGUUGACAAAAUGAAUGUUAUCCACAGAUUAACCUCACUCCCUGAAUUCCUGUUCAAAUAGCAAAGAAAUUUAAAAAGAGUUUGCACUUAUGUACUACAGUACAAUUUUUAAAUUUACCUUUGGUAUUAGUUUUGUACAAUUUUGAAAUUUGUAUGCAGGGUCUUUUGAUGAGAUGGUAUUUAUAUAGCAAAGGACUUCAGAGGAAAAAUGACUUUUUAUUAUAAGGUAAUGGUCCCCAAAGCUCUGGGCUUAAGAAAUGUUCAAUUUUUAGGAAGUAAAUUUAGUGAGGAAGCCACAGCAUCUGGAGUCCUCUUUGAAUCACAGCACAUCCAGGCUCCCACAGAGCUACAUAACCCAGUAGAAAGUUGCCAAUUUUUUUCCUUGAGGAAUUACCAGCAGAAUAAUGCUGCGCAAGCUCAUUACUGAAGUUGACCACCUGAACACUACAAAUCACAUGUUGCCAGAUAGAACCAUUUGAGAAUGGAUAUGGAGUCAUUGUUGUUCUCCCCUAAACGAACCUUGUACCUAGCCACUUGCUCAGGGUAACAACAAUUUAUGCCCGAAGUCUAGUUUCAUUUAUCUGCCUGUAGAUCACUUGGCAAAAGGAAGAAUGGUGAGGCCAAGAAUCAUUCAGUAGGCAUAUACUAUAACUGGAAGGCCAGUUACAUAUAAGCAUGAGGAGUUGUAGAAGUAAAUGUAGUCACCGAGUGUCUCUUGAAUACACAGCACUGUACUAAACACCAGAUAAGUGCAAUGGUAGCCCAAGACAAGUUUCAUGUCUAUUAGGAGCUUAUGUUCUAAGUGUAGAAAGCCUCAAGCAGUAGAAACAGAAUAAAUGGAAUGCUUUUGGCCAUAAAAUAUACAUCUUUUACAUUACUAGUCUUAUGACUUCAGCUGAUUUUUCACUGUAAAGAAGAUGAAGAGAAAGUCAGUUUAUUUCUGUGAAAGGCAAGAGCACAGGCCUCCAACUCCUAUGGUUUCCAUAAUAAGAGUCACCUUAGGAAUGUGGUUGAGCAGAUAAAGUGUAUAGGAUUAUGCUUUGAAGAACUUCGAACUCCUUGGCAACAAGCCACUCUUUAAUUACAAGGUAUAAAAAGGAGGGCUGUUCAGAGGACAUCCAGUUCCCUGUCUACCCCUAAACCAUCCCAGAGAGAUGAAUACCUCUCCUCUUAAAAAAAAAUCCAAAUUUUCCUUGUUGACUUGUGUCAUUGUCUAGAGGCUCUUGCAAGCCUUGAAGCUUUUUUGAUAGCUAUCCUAAAGUCUUGUUGAAAUUUAGACUUAUUUCCUCUUAUUCUCUCCCAGUUAAGAUGAAGAAUGGCUCAUCACCAGCAGCCACGUAAUCUCUCAGAUAUUUGAAGCGGUAAAUAUGGUUUGGGAUGAGGCCCAGGGAAAUAAGACAGCUCAGAAAUCUAGUAAGGAGAAUUCACAGGCCUGGGAGCUGAAUCCCAGCUAUGUCAAUAUAAGCUGUGGGACACUGAAGAAGUCGCUUAACCUGUUUGUCUCCACCUCUACUUACUUAGGCUUGUGUUGGAGUGUCAGUGAAGAUGCAGAGGUAUGACUUUGAGAUCUACUGCCAAAAUUUAGAUCCCAUUAUUCACAUCCGUGGUUGAAGAGGAACAAUUAUGUCACCAGCAUAGAGCCCAGCAUUUUGAAUUUAAGUAGACUGUAUCAUGUUUUUACAGUCAUGGGCACUGGUACUAGUCUUAGUGCUCUCAACUCUCCCAGCAUAACUGAAAGCAGGAUGGAACAUGGUUUAUUUACAGAUCUCUGGUUCUUACUAUAUUUUCGCUCCUGCAGUAAAUGUUUGCCUGACAUUUUUCUUACAGACAUAUAGAAUUACAUGUUGGAUCUGGUCCAAAACCUCUGGAGAAAUAUGAAAUUCCUCUAUGUGCUAUAUAGUGUUACAUUGAACAUCACUAAACUAUUGUUUAACCUUCACUGAAGUAAUUCAAAGCAUAACUAAAUGAGAAAUUGAAGUAUAAUUAUGAAUCUUUGCAGGAGGCUGAAAAAGUUGCUCUUGCAACUUUAGUGAAGAAUUUUUCCAAUCUAGAUGGAACAACGGCUUUUCUCUUUUCUUCAUAAAGUGCUUCGAGGUGGACCGACUCCUUCGGUUCACUUCUUGUCACUUUUGAACGCCCUUCUCCAUCAGGAUCUUUGUCAGUCAUUUUUAUAAAUUUAUUUGUUUUCUUGAAAAUUGAUGAAAGACCUCUUAAUCCCCAAAUUUUAGUUGAUGGUAGAGUGACCACCAUUUCUUCAUCUGGACAUGCAGUGCAUCUUUGAUAGUGAUCCACUGGAGUGCUGAGAUGUUAAACUAUACAGCUAUAACUCCAGAGAUGGUUUGUAACCUGGGCUUUGCCUGAGUUCAGUAAAUUCCCUUAGUUUUGGGGAGGGAGAAGUCUAUGCCUUGAGACACUAGAUAUAUUUUCAAAGAUCAUAUUGCCUUUAUCUGAACUUAUGGAAUAUUUAUCAUGAGACUUGGAAAAAAUUGUCAAUUACUAGAUUUUCAUCCCCCAUCAUCCUUUCUUGCUGGCAUAAUAUGUAGAUUUCUGUAGGGUGAAAGCCCGCCCUUUAGUAUCUAGUGUUGACCCCAAGAAAUACAUUAAAAUUCGGUCGCAUUAUUGCUAUAUCACUGGAAGAAAAGGAGGCAGAAUAGGCAGCAGCCUUAAUUGUAUGUUAACUGGGGUCUUGGAAAAUGAGCUGAACGGGCCAUAUAUCGUACAUUACCUACCGUUCUGUUAAUGUCAACAAGGAAGCAAAUGUCUUCUUUGUAGAUUAUGGGAAUUUUAUCUUUUCUUUAUAUUGUUAAAUUAUUCUGUUUUGAUAAAAAUAAAAUGGAAGAUUAAAAUGCUA